CAUAGGUUAAAAACUGUAGUGGAAGAAUUAAUUCAGACACAACAGACCCUUCUAAACAAGGAGGAAUUAGUUCUGGAAUUAGAAAAGAAGAUUGAAGAGUCUUCUAAGAUCUGUGAAAGAAAAUCUGACAUUGUGCUCCUGCUAAGCCAGAAGCAAGCCCUCGAAGAAUUAAAGCAAACUGUUCAGCAGUUGAAAUGCACUGAAGUCAAAUUUGCAGCCCAGAAGGAACUUCUUCAACAAAAAAUGCAAGAAAAUGAUGGGAAAGAACCCCCACCUGUUGUAAAUUAUGAGGAAGAUGCCAGAUCAGUCUCUUCCAUGGAUAAAAAAGAUAAAGUUUCCAGGUUUGAUACUAUUCGACAUUCCAUUGCUGGAAUGAUAAGAUCUCCAAAGUCUGUGUUAGGUUCUUCAUCGUUUUUUGAUGUAAUAUCAGCCAGUGAAAAACCACUGGCAGAACAAGAUUGGUAUCAUGGUGCAAUCCCAAGAAUAGAAGCUCAAGAGCUAUUAAAACAGCAAGGAGACUUUUUGGUGCGAGAGAGUCAUGGGAAGCCUGGUGAAUACGUCCUUUCUGUGUUUUCAGAUGGGCAACGGAGACACUUUAUCAUUCAGUAUGCUGAUAAUCAAUACAGAUUUGAAGGAACAGGGUUUUCAACCAUUCCUCAGCUUAUAGAAUAUCAUUAUACAACAAAACACGUGAUUACAAAGAAAUCAGGCGUUAUUCUGCUGAAUCCUGUUGUUAAGGAUAAAAAAUGGAUUCUCAAUCAUGAAGAUGUCACUCUGGGAGAAUUACUUGGCAAAGUAA